CAUCAUCGCCAUUUGCUCUAAAUUUAUUUUCUCCUCCUAUACCAACAUCACUUAGUUGAAGAGCACAAGUAUACAUAUUUAAAAUUAUUAGUCCUAAGAAAAUCAUGUCAGGUGUUUGGGUAUUCGAGAAUAAUGGUGUGAUAAGGCUAGUCGAGAAUCCAGCGGCCGAGCAGCAGGGUGAUGGAAGCCAUUCGAAAAAGAAGAUGUUAGUGCACUUGGCAACAGGCCAAGUGGUGUCAUCGUACAAUUGUCUAGAGCAGAUUCUGAGGGAUUUAGGUUGGGAAAGGUAUUAUGGUGGUGAUCCAGACCGGUUCCAGUUCCACAAGCACUCUUCCAUUGAUCUUAUUUCUUUACCUAGCGACUUUUCCAAGUUCAAUUCCGUUUACAUGUACGAUAUUGUUGUCAAGAAUCCCAAUGUCUUCCAAGUUCGUGACAUGUAAUUAACUUGCGUACUAGCUACAUCUAGGCUUUCACACUCUUGGUUGUCCUUGUCCACUUCUCACCUACAAUAAAUGAGCUAGAAAAAUUCAUAUAUAUGCUAGGUCUUCGCCAAAAGUUUCAUUCUUCAUAUGCCGUGUCUUGGAGAAAAUGCCUGUAGAAAUUAAUUUGUAUAGCAGCGAGGCCUUAUCUUCUCUGUGUAUUGCAUCCAUUUUUUUACUCAGUGA